AUGGAUAAGACCAAAUUUAUGUUUUCUUCGGCUGUGUUGUUCCCCAAUUCAGAAGAAGCAUCGGAUAUUUCUAAAGCUCAAACCGACCUUUAUUCCUAUCUCUUUCAAGUAUUCAAAUACCUAGAAUACAAGAAUUCCAUGAAUAUCACAGAUUUAGACUUUCUGAUGGGUCAAAUACACGAGACUGUUGGUUAUUUCACCAAAAAUUACAGCUCAGACACAGAUACUAUUGAAAUUUUGCAGGUGCAAUCAAUGAGGCUUUUAGGUAAGGUAUACACCAAAUUAUUUGCCCAUUAUAUGGAAAAUAGCAGUGAUAAAGUUUCAAUAGGUUUAAUUGAGUUAACAAAUCGUUGUUUGGAUCCACUGACCGACGGGUUAAAGAAAUUGUCCAUGAGAUCUAAUUGGUACUCAACCAUCAAACAUCUCAACAUUGUUAUUUUGCAACUGUUGUUCAGCAAGUUUAAAGGCUUUUUGAAUAGUUUCAAAAGUACUACGUUGACGACUUUGUAUAAAUAUUUGAAAAAAUGCACGGACAACUAUAAUAGUUCGGUCGAAAACUCGACUUUCAAAGCCAAUUACUUCAAUGACAUGAUGCUGUUAAUUGAUAUUAUUCUAAUGAAUGAUUCCAGUGGAACUAACAUUUUAGAUUCAAAAUUGUACAAUAGACUUUUGAAGAUAUCUAAAAUUGUUACCACUAAGAAGCCGAACAUUGACAACUUCCUGGUGAAAGAAGGCUAUGUAUAUCCCAUUCAAAGUGUGACAUUUGCCAAUAAUUUUUUGGUGUCAUUACUGAAAUCUGACAAGUUUGUCCUAUCGAUAAAGUCUAAAAAAGACAGCUCAAAAGACGGAUCGCUGUAUUUGCAGGCACUAGCCCCACAUUUAUCCAUUCUACGUGAAGCCUCGAGCUCCAAUUAUGCCCAUUUAAGACUUGCAUCCUCUAAGAACAUCGCUGACUUGCUAUGUUUUUACUAUAUCACUUUUGUCAUCCCUAACAAAUCCAGCGAUAUUUCUUCAAAUUCAUUGAGCGCAUGUUUGAACGUUAUAUUCGACGCUUACACAGCCAUAUCUUCCGAUAUAAGGACAAAAGUUAGCCAGUUGGAAGUGUUUGUUCAGUUCAUAUCCAGCCUCAAUAUUUAUCACAGGACCAAGGUUGUUUCGUCCGAUGGAAUAAAUUUUGUGGCAUCUACCUCGUACGCUAUUAUCAACUUUAUUUUGAAUAAAUUGUUCCUCUCUACGCCUUCAGUUUCAAAAGAUGGAAGCAAACUGAACGUUGUGAUCAAUGAAAAAUCUGAUUACAACGAUGCAUUAAUGACUCUUACUCACUUGGGUUAUGUUUAUGAUGCUAUCAUAGCACAAAUCGACUGUGAUGCAAAUUGCCUGCUUCUUCUUACUCGGUUGGUCUCUAAUGAGGCCCUGUUUGCCACAAGUAAUGUUUACCUCCUUUGCACUUUACUGGAUUUCGUGAAGAAGUCUAUUGUAAGCUUGGAUCAAUUUGUGCUGUCUCACCAAGAACUCGAGGGAUCUGAAUCUUUCGAUUUAGUGAAGUUGCUCUCUGAAAAGUUGUAUAAACUCUCCGACAGUACCAACUUCUACGUUAGAGUUUCCGCCUGCGAAACCUUACUAAAGCUGAUACAGAUCAAACCUGAGUUAUCUUUUGACAUUUUGAACACAUCUUUUGAACAAUUAUCAACAUCAUUAGAAAGUAAUGAGAACGAAGGCAGCUUGAUCUUAAAUGAGAAUCAUGGAAGAGCUUUUAUCAUAUCGACCAUCCUAACUAAUCUCAGAGAAAAAGACUACAUUAGCACGGAUUUUGUUCUAAAGACACUAUCACUAGCAUUAGGAUACUUGAAAAAUUUUAACUCCUCUGUUGUCGUCAAUAAUAUUUUUGGUUCAAGCUCUGCAUCUUUUAUUUCAGAUUUUGGCUAUGAAAGGCAACUCGUAAGUUGGAUUUUGAUGAUCGGACUGUUCAAUUAUGCAUCAAAUGGCUCUGAUACGCAGAGUAAUAUGCUGUUGUUGGAUAACUCCAACUAUAUGUCUUUCUGGAAGAAUCUCUUGGCCCACAAUAUUCCCUCCAAUUUUGUCAAGAUUGAUUCUACAAACAAAAUCACAAACCUUAACGAAAUUAAAAAACUAUUGGAGAUAAAAAAUUUGGCAUUGACAUCUUUAUUGGCCUAUAUUACUUUUUUAACUUCGUGCAAGGCUACCGAUGCUAUUCAUAACCUGAAAAAUUCCGAUGAGACAACAUUAUUGUCUCCAGACCUGUCUAAGAAAAUAAACAUGAUCCUUAACAAAAGCUUCACGUUUAUCACUUAUCUUGAAACCCAACUGUAUGAUUUUGUUCUGGACUCCCAUGUGAAGCAGCAAAUCAUUUUAAACAAGCUAAGAAUUCUACAAAGCUAUUGCAAGCUACUUCCUUUCCUAAAUAUAAGAAAUGAAUUUAACUCAUCGAUUAUGCUUCAAAUCGUCAAGAAUUUCAGUGAUUCAAGUCUCUACGACUAUGAACUAAAUUUGAGCGAGUUCAACAGUGUAAAAGAUCUCAAAAGGGCAACUAAAGUUGGAGCUGAAUUCGAUGAAUUAUCAAUUUUUCGCAUGAAUGACGGAUUAACAUUUGGCCUGACUAGCAAGCUCAAUAGAUUUCAAGUCGAAGAUUUGAUGGUUAAAGCUACUCAAUUUGCAAAUAUAUCUGCUGACAACGAAGUCGAUUUCAAGCGACUGAACAUCAAGUCGUCCUUAGAAUCAAGAAACGUUAAAAGCUUUUUCAAUCCGCUUACUGUAUUUGAUGAAACAUUUGAGACUUUUGUCUAUAGACCAAUUCACCACAGUCUUUUGAACGAUUAUCUCUUGCUCUUAUACAACGGAUCUGAAAAUAUCGGCUAUUCAGAGAGCGAGCAAUAUGCUCCCAGUGUUGACACCAUGGUGGUAGAUGUUUCUAUUGAGCUCUUCGCAUCUAUCUUUCCUUCUUUGAGUUUCAAGAUUCAGCAGUCAGUUUUGGAUUCUUUGAGCAGUCAGCUGAGAAUUGAGGGUAGCAAGAUUUCUCCAAGGAAGAGGGUUGUCUAUUUCAAUACAGCUGUCACCUUGCAUUCGAUGUUGUCAUACGCUGAGAAGAAUAAAUUGCUGUUACCGUUAACAACUGUUUGCUCUAUCGUUGAAUGCAUUAAGACACUCAACAAGCUAACGUCUUCACUUGUUUUUUUGAACUCUGAAUCGGUUGGAUUGGCAUGCGGUGCUCUGGAGCGAACAACUGAAAAUACCAAAUUCAUACUAGAACAAGUGGACAUCAUUGUCAAUUCGAUUGUACAAGACAAUAAUCCCAUUGCAAGGUCAUUUGCUGUUCUUUCACUGUCAACCAUUUUCAAGCACAAUAAUUUUAUCAAUGCAAAAGGGAUCCUCGAUGUUGUGUACACUUUGGUGAUGGACCCACAUCCCGGUUUGAGGCAGGCAUCUAUAGAUGCGCUAAUAAAUAUUUUGGAGAGCUAUCCCCAACUGGAGUUGAAUAUUAACUUUGUGAAAAUGGCUAUAUCCAAAUUACUGCUUAUCUGGGUGAAGGAUGACCUUGCAGAUAGCUGUAGUUCGACCAUAUUUUCUAACCUCAGUUUCACGCUCAUCAAUAACCCUUAUCCCUCUUCGAUAAAGCUGCUAAGAACUAUAAUCAAUGUGUUGGGUCCUAACAUUUCUUCCUUGAACGCCCAGAUCCAAGAAUUGGUUCAGCAAUUAAUUUUGAGCUUUAUGUAUUUCACAACUUAUGACUACGCCCAUAUCUCUCAGGAGAUGCUGAUAUUGCUGGAAGAACUGUCUAUAUAUGACAAACAGCUCAUCGAAGGAUUUGUUUAUGUUAAAUUCCUGAAGUUUGUUUUGGUAAACAAUUUCAUGGUUGGUGUUUAUAACUUCAACUCGGUUACACUCACUCUCGAUGAUAAUGAAGAUUUAAAUACCAACUCAGAACUUUAUCCAGUGUCCACGAGUUUGAGGGUUUGGAAACUGGCUAUUUACUCUACCCUUCAGUUUUACAAACUUCAUAUCAAUAACUUAGAGUCUUCUAGAAAGUUGAUUGAUUCCAAGUUCAAAAAUUUGAUAAUUAUUGCAUUAGAAAAUUCACCGGAAAAUUCUUCUUUGCAGUCUCUAUUUCAACUUUGGUUCCACAAUGGCUUAAGCUUUUACGGGGAGAAUGAGGCAAUGUCACAGAAGCAGAUGUGGUUUGAAAAGCUUUUUGAGCUGUUUCAUAUGACUAAGACGGAACUGCAGAAUGAACUUUUGGAGAUUUUCCGGAAAAGGAUAAAAAAUGCUGGGGUCUACUAUGAGUCAAAGAAUGUAGCUUUGAGGGGCAAGAGAACAGGUCAAAUUUUGGCGAAGAACUCUUCUUUGAGUCGCCUUUCAACGAACACUGAAAUUAGCGACGAUAAUGAUGAAGAAGAACAAAAUGAUGAUAACGAGACUGAUGAUGAGGAAGAAGCCCAAGAGGCUCUAGCUGGUACAGGAAAUACAGAGGAAGCACCCAAAGAUUCUACUCUUGGUUCCAAGAGAUUGAUGGACUCAGGGGAUGAGUCUCUAAACAUUAUUGAAGACGAGGAUACAAACUGGAAAUUCAAGCAUUUUAUACUGAAGCAGUUUAUUGUUUUUAUUUCGUUGGCACGAAAUGAUAGUAGACUGAAGACAUUUUUGGCUCAAAGAAUAUCCGAUGUGAUGAGAAUUUCUUUUGUUGCAUCUACUUCCAAUAUCAUGAACCUGAGAUUGACAGGAAUGUCAUUGUUGGGUGAUAUCAUUGACAUUUUUGCAUCAUUCAAAGACCCUCUUUAUCCCGAAAUGUCCAUAUUAGACCAGCAACAGGCUCAAUUGAUAAGUUCAAUUGUUCCCGCUUUUAGCUCUGAUUCUUGUGUUCCAUUGGCAUGCGAUGCUGUUAUCAUUGCAAGCAAGCUUAUAAGUUGUAAUAUUUUGCCUGUAUCCAGGCUUCAGCGAAUCACUCGAGUCCUGACUACAGCUUUGGAAGACUUUUCAACUUUUGAUCCCAAUGCUGGUGAAACUCAAGGGCAUAUAAAGAUCGGGUCCGUUCUGAUACCCAGCGCCAAAACGCAACUCAAAAUGAAGCUUGCUGUCCUUAAUGCUUGGGCACAUCUGAAAAUUAAUUUGCAAUCAGACGACGUUGAACUUUCGGAGCUGAUAUCAAAGUAUAUUGACAUUUUAGUUCCUAUGUGGAUAUAUUCAUUGAGAGAGUACUCUCUAUUGGCCUAUGGAUCAAAGUUUACUUCUGAUAGCCAUCAAGCCUCAAGCAAGUUGUUGUACGAGGAGUCGUGGCCUAACUUCUUGGAGGUAAUCGGAAUUGUUGUGCACGAAGACCAGUCUGUUCUUUUGGAUUUUCUCGGGGACGAUUCAGAGAACUUUUUGUUCGUAAUUUUUGCAGAGGGUAUAGAAACCCUGGUGAAAGGUUCGGCCAAUGCCUCCACUCCAAAUCAACCUCUGUCUCCAGAAUGCGUUAAGGUACUAAGAAGUUUCCACCACAUUUUCAAGUUGAAGCCGUUAUCGGCUUUACUUGCUAACGAUUCCGUUUUCAUCGAAUUCAUUGAUUUAUUCUACAGAUUGUUACUUAUUUUAAACCACGAAUCGAAGGUUUUAAUCUUAGAUGUUCUUGAAAGUAUUAAUCUGGAUUCGUUCCACGAUCCUGACAAGCUAUUCGAACUAUUGAGAUUGAGCUAUUUACCUGUUAUUCAAAUUCUUCCGUUUGUGUCAGAGAAGACUAUAGAAAGAGAGAAACUUGGACCAUUUUCUGAUAAGGAUCUGACUUUGUUGAAAAAAUCAUUUAGCUUGCUUCAUAAGUUAAUCAGCCAUCUUCCCGAAAUGAUCCAAAUUGAUUUGCUAUCUUCAAUGUUAUAUGUUAUAAGCUUAUGCUUCGAGUUGAACAAUACAGAUAUCAUUUCAGUCACUUUGCCAUUACUAAAGCUGGUAGUAGUAUCACUGAAUUCGAAAGGAAGAUCGGAUAUUUUGAUCAAGUUCUACAAUGAGAUAAAACCUGGCCUGUUGAGCAACAAACACUCAACUCUGAUAAGAAUGAUUUUACUGUCGGCGGAAGGCACCUUUUUUUUCACCAACGAGGACUGUGAGGUGUUUGCACAAGAUUUGUGUAAAAGUUUGAUCUCCAAGCAACAACUAACCUUUACGACACAGUUUGUUAGAAAUGUCGUCAAACAAGCAACAGCUGGAAACGUUGAUGGUGCUAAAAACAUUGUGCGCAAGUUGCUUCCUGCAUUGAUAAGCUUGCUGAAGAAUAACUUGAGAAAAAACGACUCAGACAAAAUUGAAGAUCCUAGACUGAUUCUUGAGAUUUUCAUUGUCUUCACCAAGCAACUGACAGACGAAGACAAUUUGAAAUCAGCAUUGGGUCUGACUUUGCCGUUGAUACUCUGGGUGGACGAUAAGGUUGGAGAUGACGAUGUGAAAGUAAGAAACUACUGCCAUUCUAAGCUAUUGGAUUUAAUACAAUUUAACCCGGCCUUAUUUAAGGAUUUGGUCAACACGUUGAGUGAAGAAGAGAAAGAAAAGACUGAAAAAUUAGUCAAGUUACGAGUCAACAAUGACUGGUCUUCCGAUACGGACGAACAAGAAAGUCACAUUGAGUUGAAACAGUUUGGUUGA